CAUAAAUAGUGUAUAUCAAUGUAUGUAUGGUAAAUUGUACUUGCAUUUUAUUAAUUUUUCCUUCGGUUCCCGCCGUUUCCCUCUCUCUUUUCUCUACUUCUCCGACGUGUUUCUCCGCUGGCAACCAUUUUAUUUUCUAUCAAUACAAUCAACAGCCAGAGUUCGAUUUCAAGUUCAACAGCUCAGAGUCUCCUGCUGUCCGUGAGGCGCUUGAUUCUUACUGCAAUGACCGAAGGCGAUCAUACGAGUUUUUCAACUGGGUUGAAUCAGAAUGUAAGUUCGAUCACGCCACUGAGACCCAAACUCGCAUGCUGGACAUUCUCGGUAAGUUCUUCGAGUUCGAUCUUUCCUGGGUCUUGAUUCACCAUAUGCAAUAAUCGCCAUUUGCUUCACCUGAUCACGCCACGUUUCGAAUUUUGUUAGAGCUCUUAUCACCUUUAUCUCCCAUCUAUUUUAUCCCAUUUCUGACUAAUCUUUAUGCGUCGACCCCUUUAGUUAGUGAAGCGAUUGCUGCUUAUGAGGGAUUGCGGGAGUUUAAAUUGAGGGAUGAAACUUCGUUUUGUAAUCUUAUUGAUGCACUUUAUGAGGAUUGCGAUUCGAGUACGAAGAUUCAUAACUUAAUUCUUCAUGGUUGCCGUAAAAUUGGGCGGUGGAGUAAAUGUAGAGAAUUUUGGGAGGUGAUGGGUAAGAAGGGUGUUCGUAAGGAUUUGCAAUCGUACUUGUUAUAUAUGGAUAUACAAUGCAAAACUGGGAAGUCUUGGGAGGCUGUUAAAUUGUACAUGGAGAUGAAAAAUAAGGGAAUGAAAUUGGAUGUUGUGGCCUAUAAUACAGCGAUUCAUGCAGUUGGGAUUUCGGAAGAUGUCGAUUUCACCAACAGAGUGUUUCAUGAGAUGAAGGGAAUGGGGUGUAAGCCUAACGUUGUGACUUGCAAUACUAUUAUUAAGCUAUUUUGUGAGAAUGGAAGAUUCAAGGAUGCUCAUGUGAUUCUCGACCAAAUGCUCAAAUACUGUCCACCGAAUGUUAUCACCUAUCAUUGUUUUUUCAGGUCUCUUGAAAAGCUGAAAGAGAUUCUCAUGUUCGACAGGAUGAUUAAACUUGGGGUUUAUCCAAAAAUGGAUGCUGAUGUGAUGCUCAUGAGUAAGUUUGGAAGGGGAGAGACAAAUAGAGCACACAAGAACACAUUGUUAAACAUCUGGCAAACAUGAUUAACACGAUAUUACUAGUUAAUCUUUA